UCCCGGGGGCGGGGCGAGGGCGGAGCGGGCAGCAGGGAGCGGACGGGCGCCGGGCCGGCUGCGGUCCGUGCGGAGGCUGAGCCGGCCGCGGGCGCGACUGGAGGCAGUCAUUGCCAUUCUGCUUUUAUGACUUGGAGAUUUUGGCAACGGUUCUGUAGAUUCUUCAGCAGUCCUGGAGACACAUUUCCAUUACUAUGGCAAUGACGGCAGGGACUACAGCCACCUUUCCUAUGAGCAAUCAUACCCGGGAAAGAGUGACGGUGGCCAAGCUCACGCUGGAGAAUUUUUACAGCAACCUAAUUUUACAGCAUGAAGAGAGAGAAACCAGGCAGAAGAAAUUAGAAGUGGCCAUGGAAGAAGAAGGAUUAGCAGACGAAGAGAAAAAGUUACGCCGAUCACAACAUGCUCGCAAGGAAACAGAGUUCUUACGGCUCAAGAGGACCAGACUUGGCUUGGAUGACUUUGAGUCUCUGAAAGUUAUAGGAAGAGGAGCGUUUGGAGAGGUGCGACUGGUCCAGAAGAAAGAUACAGGCCAUAUCUAUGCAAUGAAGAUAUUGAGAAAAGCUGAUAUGCUUGAAAAAGAGCAGGUGGCUCAUAUCCGAGCAGAAAGAGAUAUUUUGGUAGAAGCAGAUGGUGCCUGGGUGGUGAAGAUGUUUUACAGUUUUCAAGAUAAGAGGAAUCUUUAUCUAAUCAUGGAAUUUCUCCCUGGAGGUGACAUGAUGACGUUGCUAAUGAAGAAAGAUACCUUGACAGAAGAGGAAACACAGUUCUACAUUUCAGAGACUGUUCUGGCAAUAGAUGCAAUCCACCAGUUGGGUUUCAUCCAUAGAGAUAUUAAACCAGACAACCUUUUAUUGGAUGCCAAGGGUCAUGUGAAAUUAUCUGAUUUUGGUUUAUGCACGGGAUUAAAGAAAGCUCACAGGACUGAAUUCUACAGAAACCUUACACACAAUCCACCAAGUGACUUCUCGUUUCAGAACAUGAACUCAAAGAGGAAAGCAGAAACAUGGAAGAAGAACAGGAGACAACUAGCGUAUUCCACAGUUGGAACGCCAGAUUACAUUGCACCGGAAGUAUUCAUGCAGACUGGAUACAACAAACUGUGUGACUGGUGGUCUUUGGGAGUGAUUAUGUAUGAAAUGCUAAUAGGCUAUCCACCUUUCUGCUCUGAAACACCUCAAGAGACAUAUAGAAAAGUGAUGAACUGGAAAGAAACUCUGGUAUUUCCUCCAGAGGUGCCUAUAUCUGAGAAAGCCAAGGAUUUAAUUCUUAGAUUUUGUAUUGAUUCUGAAAAUAGAAUUGGCAAUAGUGGAGUAGAAGAAAUAAAAGGUCAUCCCUUUUUUGAAGGAGUAGACUGGGGGCACAUCAGGGAAAGGCCAGCAGCAAUCCCUAUAGAAAUCAAGAGCAUUGAUGAUACUUCAAAUUUUGAUGACUUUCCUGAAUCUGAUAUUUUACAACCAGUGCCAAACACUACAGAACCGGACUAUAAAUCCAAAGACUGGGUUUUUCUCAAUUAUACCUAUAAAAGGUUUGAAGGGUUGACUCAGCGUGGCUCUAUCCCCACAUACAUGAAAGCUGGGAAAUUAUGAAUGAAGACCACAUUCGCCCACAACCAAGAGAACUCAGGUAGCUGCAUCACCAGGCUUGCUUGGCGUAGGUAAUAAUACACUGAAAUACUCCCGAAGACGGUGGUGCUUAUGACUACAAGAGGAAAUUCUACAGGACUAGGAUUUCUAAGACUACUAUAGGAAUUGGUUGGCAGUGCCAGCUGGCUUUUUUUUUUUAAUGUUUUAUUAUUUUUGUUAACUUUAUUAUAUGAAGGUACUGGAAUAAAAGAAACGUACAUCCCUUUCUAACUGCACUGCCUACAUGCGUAUUAAGGUCCAUUCUGCCUGUGUGUGCUGUGGCUUUGUACUGUAACACCUCUAAUCAAUUCAGGAGAAACACAUAUCAUUUAAAGCAACAUAGGCUAACCUGUAGGUAAUACUGCAGUAUUGCUGAUUUACUGCAAAUCUUAUGGGUCUAGAUAAUCAAUAAAAGCCAUCUUCCAUAGUUGGUGUUAAGAACACUUACCCUAUUGGUUUGGACAUCUAUAAAAAAUAUAUGAAGACAAUUUCUAUAAUGGUUUUAAGAAAUUUAAAAAGAAAUACACUGGUUAUUUAAAAAAUAGAAUUGAUCAUCAUGUUAUAACAUUAACUCCACAGUAGGGAGUGACACGUUUAUAAUAAGGAGGAAGUUUAACGCCUUCACUCAAGCACUCCACUAAUAUAUUUACUUUGCAUUCAGAAAUACUGGUGACCUUUAUAUGCGUAGUCUGUAUACUCAUAGGGGAGAUGUACUGUAUUAUAUAAAAUGUAAAGUUGCUUUUCUUGUGACAACAGGACUUCUUUUUUAACAAGAGGACAUGACAUUAUUUUAAUUUGAUUAUGGUGAGUUGAAUAUAAGAAAUGACCACGAAGGCUGCUUGUAGAACUAGUGUAUUUUUAUUAAACUAUUUUUUUAAAUGUCAGACUUCUGAUCGUGUAAAUGGACUUGUAGAGUACAAAGAGAGCUAUUUACUUUGGUUUUCUAGAAAGUUGUUACAUAUCAUGGCUGGUUAACUUUUAUUUUAUUUUUUAUGAAAAAUUUUCCUUUGAUAGUACUUGUAUUAUUGUGCCAUUACUUUCUUAUACUCCAAAUGUACCAAAGAUCCUGAACAGAGUGGAUGUUCACAAGUGAGUGGAAUUUUCCUUUCCUGCGGGAAUGCUGUCCUCAGACAUGACAGAUCUGUGCUAGAGGUCAGCUUAUUGAAGGACAGCAGUGUUCAUGUUUAGCUACAUCACUGUGGUUACUGUAAAUGGAAUUAAGAAGGUAAAUGCAGGCCAGAGGGGUUGUGAUUAGAGGAUGGGGGAGACGAUGUCAGCAUCAAAUUUUUUGGGUAUUUGCCUAAGAAUUAAAUAAUCUUUUCUAGCUCAGCGUUUUAGUUCUAAAAUGAAUCUCUGCGUUGUUGGUUUCAUAAGUACUAGUUGAGGAAUAAUAUUUUAUGAAAGAAUGGCCUAAUGUUUGUCUUAACUGUUAAUGGAAUUUUUUAAAGAUACAACUAUAACCAUUACAAAUGAUAUAUGAUGAAAAUCUAAAAUGAUUUAUUUCUAGAAAUAGUCCUCUUAAUGGGGAAGAAUCGCAUAGGAUCAUUAUGCAAACCUACAAAAGAUUUUAUAAAUGUUGCUGCCAGGUAGUUCCACAGUGUGUUUCAAUAAGGCCGCCCUGGAUUCUCCUCCCUGCUACCCCCUCCCCUAUUACCCCCUCCCCUAUUCUCUCGAUCUCCUUCCUUCCUCCCUCCCUCCCUUUUUCUUACCUUUCAUUCUUUUUUUCCUAGUAUUUGUUUGGUGUUCAUUCAGUAGCUAUCCCCAUUUUUUUGUGUUUGGAUCAUGUGGCAGAGUAUCUAGGAGAGAGAACUAUUAAAAUUCUGGGGUUAUCUCAAUUUUACUAACUCUGGAUUUCCCAAUUAUAGCUGCCUCUAAUUUUAAAAAAUCUUUAACUUCUGCUCAGUUUUGUAAGAUUUUUCUCACCCCAGCUUAUCACCUCCCCUUUCCUUAAAGGACUGUGUUGCUAGUGUGGUAGUGAAUGGAAAAGAUGUGAGGAAAUUGCAACAUUCUUUAGUUCUAACAUGGUAACUAUUGCAGUACAGAAAAAUAUCAUUAAUUUGACAGAGAGAGAGAGAUAGAGAUAGAUAAAUGAACUGAAUUAUCUAAGUUGACUUUUUAAUUGAAUAAGAAUAGAGCAUUUUACUUUCCUUCACCCUCAUUCUUGUUAACAGGAAGGACUUGGAAAUAGUUCUGAUUUCUCGGCAGUGAAAAGGCAAUUCUAAAAGUUUACUGUGUUCAGAGUCUCAUUUUUCCCUGGAGUUAAAAGAGUGAUUCACAAUCUUAGGGGUUUCCUCCUCAUCAAAAGCAUUUCUUAAGUGCCUAUCUAAAAGCAAUUAAAGACUGUGUCUGCCCUUUGGAAGCUAAGAAUUUGAUUCCUGAUGCAAGUUAGCUAGAUAAUUUGCGAAGUACCUUUGAGAUCGAACUUUCUCUAUUGUACAUUUCCCAUAAAUCAGGUGAACCUGAAAUUUAAUUUAAAUGAAAAAACCUUAUCUAAUCAACUGGGCAUAAUGACAUUUUCUUUAAAUUAGGCUCUAUUUUGAAUUAAAGAGUUUUAUUAUAAAGUGUGUGUUUUUGGUUUUUCUAAGUAUAUAGAAACCUUGUAUAAUUCAGAUUUAUUGAUUUCCUGAUUUAAUGUAGACUUUGACUUUUUUAUUAAAAAAACCUUUGUAUUAAAGCAAGUUACGUUAUUUUUCUUUUAUGCUUUUCUUAUUAACAUAGCUUUAAAUCUUUAAAUUUAUUGAAGCGCAGUGCUAUCUGAAUAUAAGAAAUUUGUUAUAAAUCACCAUUUUCUGAAUGGAAUCUGUAGCUGAUUUAAUAAGCUGCUAGUUGAAUGGGAAAUAUUCAAAUGUGGUCUAUUCAGAACUUUGGUAGUUGAGGCUGAAGAUAGGGUUUCAUUUAUUUCUAUAAACAUACUUUUUCUGUUUUUUAAACACCUGUAUAUCUGUGUAAAUCUGUAAAAUUUAAAAUAUUUUUAAAGUACAUUUAUUUUUGGUGUUUUAUUGUAGAAAACCUUUAGACAAUCAAGCAAUCAGUAUCUACUGGUGGGAGAAACAGCUGUCCAUCUUUUGAUGAUCUACAAAUGAAUGAAUUGAAAUUAAUCAAUAGAGAGGCCCCUGGCUACUAAACACAUUCUCUCUUUGACUUGCUAAGAUUCAGAACAUUCAAAAUAACUGUUUUGCUACAACCAUGAUUAUUUCCUCUUGUCUUUAAAUUUUAUUUUCUCUUUAGAAGUGCACUUAUUUCUGAAAAAUUUUAAUGAAAUAAACACUUAGAACAAAUGUAAAUAUAACACACUUGGGACUAUUAGAGAUAUUUUAGAUUUUUAUGAAAAAAUGUGAGGGGAUCUUGCUACUUUAAGGAAUGAAGUAAAAUAAUAGUUAUUUUUUAAAAAACAAUAUAAAUUAUUCAGCAGUUGUCUAGAAAAAUAAUCAUCAGGCUCUUGAGUUCUGUGUUCAGUUACUGAGUUUCAAAAAAAAUGUUUUGGUGGCUUGAGGCCUUUUUCAUUGAAGGUAAGAAAAAAAUAAAAACUAUGUUUAUAAUAA